AUGGUUCUUUCACCCAUUGAACAGCAUACGCACACGCAUACAUGUGCGUCAAUACGUGCACAUGUCGUACACCCAGAAUGGAUUCACACAAAACCACACAUAUAUACAUGCAAACUCAGGCACAAGCAAGCAGUCAAGCUCGUCUCCAUUUCGGCAUCCAGUUCGGUCUGGGCAAUAGUCGAGUAUUGCAUGGCUAGCCCAACUCCUUUGCAGAACUAUGUGAUUCCCACCUGUAGCCCUCACGGUGAGGCCAUGGGCUCCACACACGGCGAGAGGACAUGGGCGGCCUGGUUUUUUCCGUGGCUCACAAAUUGA